GCUCCUCCCCCGCCCCACCGAGGGGCACUGAGAGUGAGACCGUGAGGGGGGGAGGGGAGCAGUCAACCGGGGUUCAAUCCAAACCUACAAAAACAACCACGCUGUCCGACUCCCCCAGCUUCUUCACACCUCUUCCUCCUCAACCUACCUCACCUCACCACCCUCACCCCACCAAACCACAAAACACCGUCACAAUGGUCUACACCAUCGUUGUCCACAUGCGCGCCAAGCCCGACGAGGAGAGCAUCAACAAGUUGCACGCCAAGCUCCUCGAGGCCUCGGCCGUCUACUCCAAGGACAAGGAGACCCUGUCCUGGUUCGUGAUGCAGAGCGUCCACGACAAGCAGGACUUCUGCAUCGUCGAGCGCUACCUCAACGAGGGCUCCCAGAAAUACCACCUCGAGAACCCCUACUGGAAGACCUUUGACCCCUACGUCAUUCCGCUGUUGGAGAAGGAGAUGGAUCUGCGUCGUUUCGAGGAGUUGGUGCCCGAGGAGCAGAAGCAGUAGAGGUUUCGUCACGGUGUAUAGAUGAACCAGUUUGCGAUUUGGGGACUGUACAUAUUCUGGCAUAAUUUGAUGGCUUUGUGGC